CUUCCUCUACAUACAUAUAAACCAAAACCUCAGUGUGGACAUAAGAGAAAAGAACACAGAACUUCCAGUAACUGAAUCGAUGGCCGGCGGUGGCGGAGAAGGAGGAGGGGCCGCUGAGACCCGAUCGCUGCAAGAGACCCCCACCUGGGCUUUGGCCACUGUCUGCUUUGUCUUCAUCUCCCUCUCCAUCUUCAUCGAGCACUUGAUCCACCUCCUCUGUCAUUGGCUUAAGAAGCGAAAGAAGAGUGCUCUGUUCGAGGCGGUCGAGAAGCUCAAAUCAGUGUUGAUGCUUCUUGGGUUCAUGUCCCUAUCGCUGGCAGUGACCCAAAGAUCCAUUUCGAAAAUAUGCAUCCCCAUCAGCGUUGCCAACAGAAUGCUUCCAUGCAGUAGGCAGAUCUCCAUUAAGACCACCAAGUCACUUGGGUUCGAUCAGAUGCGGGCCGGGCCACAUCAUGACAGGCAACCUGAAGUCGGCUUCGAGGAUUUCCACGGCCAGGUCGAGAGGAGGCUCGCCGGUGGAGGAGAGGGUCCGGAUUACUGUGAUUCUAAGGGAAUGACAUCUCUGAUAUCGCAAGAAGGGCUGAAUCAGCUCAGCAUCUUCAUCUUCGUCUUAGCGGUUAUGCAGAUUGUCUAUAGUGUUCUAACAAUGGCGUUAGGCCGGUUAAAGAUGAGGCGAUGGAAAGCUUGGGAGGAAGAAACAAAGACCGUGGAAUAUCAAGCAGCCAAUGAUCCUAACCGGUUCAGAUUUACGAGACAGACUACGUUCGGCCGCCGACACAUGGGAGUCUGUACAGAAACCCCCCUUCACCUGUGGAUGAAAUGUUUUUUCAGGCAAUUCUUCAACUCAGUGGCUAAAGUGGACUAUCUCACCUUGCGACAUGGAUUCAUUGCGACACAUCUAUCAAGCAAUAGCACCUUCAAUUUCCAAAAGUACAUAGAACGCUCACUGGACGAUGAUUUCAAAGUCGUCGUAGGAAUCAGCCCUUUUAUGUGGUUAAUGGUCGUCGUCUUCAUGCUUGCGGACGUUCAUGGAUGGGAGGUGUAUCUCUGGGUAUCUUUCAUCCCAUUAUUGGUAGUGCUUGUUCUAGGGACAAAAUUGGAAGUGAUAGUUGCAAAAAUGGCUCUUCAGCUGCGAGACAAGAACGUUGUGAUCAAAGGGUCCCCUCUAGUUCAGCCCAACGACAACCUCUUCUGGUUCAGCCAUCCCCAAUAUGUCCUCACCCUCUUGCAUUUCACUUUAUUCAUGAAUGCUUUCGAGAUUGCAUUCUUCAUCUGGGUCACGCUGCAAUUCGGGAUAAGGUCGUGCUACCACGAACACCUGGAAAUCAUCAUAAUCAGAGUGGUUUUAGCGGUGAUGGUCCAAGUCAUGUGCAGCUACAUCACCCUUCCCCUCUAUGCCCUUGUAACUCAGAUGGGGUCGCAUUUCAAAAGCGCGGUGUUAGAGCAGCAAACCGCGAAUGCCAUAAAACAAUGGCAUGCAGAAGUGAGGCAGAAGAGGAAGAAACAGCCCCAGCAUGAAUCCUCCACAUCCUCCUCACACUAUACCCACGACUCUUCCUUGUCGACUUCUUCUCACAACGGCCGAAAUCACAACAACUCAUCGUGGUCUACGCGGACCCCGAAUGAAGACAUCGGUGACCUCGAUGGCCGGAGUACUGCUCACGAUGUCUCCUACCAUCAUAGGGUCCCAACGUUUGGCGAGAUAGUCUCUGACUCGGACCAGACCGGCAGUGAUGGUGCUUAUCAUGAGAUUACCCAAGCUUCCCGAGAGGCCGAUCAUGUCGUGCAAAUUGCAUAGCUCCUAAAAUGUAUGCGAUAAAUUUUGAACGAAGAUACACCUUCAAAGUCGAGAGGUGGGUAAAAGGACUAUUGGAUUAUUCCCACCGGCUACAUUUGGCUUGACGACUGAGGAGGAUUUUGAUCACCCUACCGUUUAGUAUAUGUGCUUGUACAUAGGAAUAGGGGAAAUUUAGGAAUCAAUCAUGUCAGCACCUCAUUCUGAUCCACCGGCCCCAGGGAGAGGCAAAAUCGUCAUUUAUGUCAAUCAUCAAAGGGAAGUAUUUUUGACUCA